UGGAGGAAUAAGUUUAUUUUGGAUUCUGCCAAGAACAGAUCCAAUAAUUAUGCUUAAACAGAUCAGAUCUAAUAGCCUUAUACUUAUUCAAAUCAUGGAAAGUUAAUUAUGAAGAUUUAAAUUAAUACAUUCGUUUAGGGAAUUUUCACCUGAUAUCAAUCAAUAUAAAAGAAAGGUAGGCCUAUGAUAACUUUAAGUGCUAAAGAAUAAAGAAAAUAAAAGAUCAUAACAAACAGUAAAUAGUAAAACUAAAGAAAGCAAUGUCAAACGGCUACGGCUAUGCUAGUUAAUAGUGUUUACACUUAUUAAAUUAAACAGGGCCAGGGGUUGGCAGCCUUUAUUGAGAGAAGAGCCAUUUUUUAAAUUAGAUCUGUUGAGAAAAUUGUUAGGGAGCCACAAAUCACAUGCAGGGAUGAAUUCAGGAGGAUGCCUGUGCACUUAAAAUUAAAACCUGGAAUUGGAGUAAUCAGUAAUGUUUUACUUUGAUUAGGCCUACAACAUUGUAAAAUUGUGAAUUUAUUGAUUGACAUUUGAUUAAAUGGUUUAAAUUGAUUUAAAAAUAAAGCCAGGUCCUCAAACGUUUUUGAGUGAGGAGACAUCAUUUAACUAUGACUAUAACUAUGUCAUUAUAUCUGCCAUGAAUUAAGGGGCUGCCAUAAACAACAUCACAUCAGUGUCAUCAGGUGGUUAUGGGGGUGUCAGGGCAUUGUGACAAUUUGCUAUUAAUAUUAAAGUGUCUAAUUUGCCUUGUAUUUACAUAUUUGCAUUGAUGUGGGGGUGCGCAGUAGAGGCAUAGAAAAAGGGGGGGAGGGAGGGGGGGCUGGCUACCUCUGAUGGCUGAGUAAAAAAAAAUUACUGUUUGUGAUCUAGGAUGAUAGUCAAUCAAAGGAUGGUAUUUGAUAUAUAUUUUAUUUUGAUGAGUGGGCAUUGGGGAGACAUGACAUGAAAUAUCAAGCAUCAAGCAGGCCAAUGUGGCAGCUUGAGAAGUAUAAAAAUAUAACACAUCAAGUAUGGUUUAGCACUCCUGGUCCUGGUCACACACAAAAAUAGUAAAAUGUUUUAAGAGUUGGUUUUUAAAAAAAUAAAAAAAUACAACUUCCAGAAGUUAGGACCCGGGAAAUGCAGCCAUUUAUCCCUUUUGCUACUACUACUAACCACUAAAACUCCCCCUGAAAUGUUAAGGAAAGUUUAAGGGCAGAUCACACUAAAAUACAUGCACCCAAUUUAAGAAUUUAAAAAAAUAUAUUUUUUUGGACAACAAAACAUCAACCUAUUUUAACAAAUCAUGAAUUAAAAAUUAAGAAAAUUUAACCACCUUUUCAAAAAUGUAUAGUUUAAUUUACAGUAAUUUACAAAUAUAUUUGCUGUAAAUCAUGAAAUAAAAAGUUCUUCAAAUUUCCUAUGAAUUUUAGGAGCAUUUAUUUAUUUAGGCAUUUUUAUAUAGUGCUUACCUUAAAGCUCUAAGCGCUUUACAAUUAUUAAAAACAUGUAAACUAACUAAAAUAAAAAUGAGACAUUAGGAUAGUAACUACUAUACUAUAGAAACAAUUAAAAUGGCUAUAAAACGAGGACACUUUGGCACGUUUUGGCCUAUACUGCAGGAUUAACCCGAGACAGAAAAUGAGGCAGGGCAAGGAGGGUGCAUCACAGGUCAUAGGCGGACCUAAACAGAUGGGUUUUAAGGGAAUUUUUAUUGACCCCAUAGUUUGUCAUUUACUGUGAUUUUAGAGUCUCAUGGAAUUUAGAAAAGCAGGAGCCGUUGUACACACGAACCUGACACAAAUAACAGCCAGUUGUUGAUUCCCUGGAUUUACCACUGUCUGUCUUAUUACCAUCAAUCAAGCACUUGUAACAUCUAAAUUAUCUACCAGGCAUUGGACUAAACAUAUGCUGACUUCUGUAAUGGCUGGAUCUGCCAGAAAUACUCAGUGUAUCAGGCUGCCUGUAUUUGGUAGCCUCUGUCAAAAUUGGGUCUAACACAGCCUUAUGAAACAUAACAUGGUUUUUGGCUGGAGAACUGAGGCAUCAGUUGGUUUAAUAUGAAAUGAGUAAAACAAAGUAAGGUUAAACAUGAAAAAGGAAAGCAACAAAACAACACACGUAACGGCAGGAAGCCUUCAUCAACGAACCUUACUUUGUUUUACUCAUUUCAUAUUGUGCUAAUCUGCAGUCUCUCCACUUAUUAUCAGUUGGUUUAGCAUUUUUCAUUAGGAUAAAGCUAUUGAUCAUAAACAGAUCUAUGAGGUAUCAGAAAACAUACCUCCACCACUUGGUCCUUGCUUGGUCCGCAGGAUAAUAAGCAUGAUGCUCAUCUGAUAAAUCCACCCGACACAUACUGCACUUUGGUUUGGCUUGAGAGCAUUUGGUGACUUUGAAAUACCCCCUACCCCCUCUAAAACAAUUGCCCAAAUAUCUUGACAUCAGUGGUCUGAAACCUGCAGUGCUUUGAAAGAAUAGAUGCAUGCCUUUUUUUUCAUAGAUAUAAAAAUCAUUUAUAAAAAUGGCUCAUCACACAAAUAAAGUGCCAACCCCUGUGCUAAGACAACAUUUUCGGAGCUGCAUACCAUGAGAGAUUAUUUAAAAAAAACAAAAAAACAACAGAUCUUCAUCUAUUAAAUUCCUUCAAAGAUCUCAAGAGCCACUGUUGGGGAUCACUGGUCUAGGAUUAUUGAAAUGAAAUUAAGCCAUAUUUAGCAUUUAAUCACUCAUUUUAUCUUAUGAUAAAAUAUUCGUGCAUUCAACUAAAUCAAGACACGGCUAUUGGCAUGUCACAAACUUUUAUGAUAUCUUAUAAAUACUAAAUAAAAUAAUUUUCUCCUCUAUUAAUUAUAUUUCUAUAGGCCUAACAUCAAAGAACAUAAUUCCUUUUUAGAUAUUUAAUUAUAUUUUAAUUGACUUUUGGUGACGAACUUUUUAAGAGUCAUUAUCAAUACUCACUGAUUUUGAUUUUUGAGCAUGACCUAAGACUUCAAAAACAUGAUGUUGAGUUGGUUUCUCAACUUACCAAUGAAAUUUAUGUUUGAAAUAUUCUUUUUCACAAAAAAAUGUUGAUCUAAAGUUUAGAUUUAAUUUUUUUCAAAUCCAAAGAGUCUUGUUCAUAAAUUCCAGUAAAAGUUAACAAUUUAAUUCAGUAGACUUAAUUUCUUGUGGUCUCAUUAAAUAUGACAUAGUUAACUUAUGAUAUCUCUCACUAAUUCACAUUGCAUAUUUAAAUCACUUCUUAUUGGAAACAUUUUAAGUUAUGGAACUAUUACUUUUACCAGCUUGUUAAAUGUAAAAAGUUGACCUUCUCCUAGGUCUGUAGCAACAAAAAAAAAGGUUUUCUAAAAGUGAAAAUGCUUUCCAUGUAUCAUUUUUACUCUUUAGUAUGUUGAAAUGGUAAGUCAUAUCCACUAUGAAGUAAUAAUUUUUUUUAACAAAUCAGACUCUUCUAGCUCUGUAUAAUCUUAAUCAUUUAUAUUAUAACAAACAAACUAAACAUUGUUUCCUUUUUAUUUCUAGGUCCUUAUGCUCAUUUUUGAGGGACAAAAAAAAUGCAACUUAUUGAGAUAUCAUAGCUGCUGGUUGCUAAAAAUUGUUCCUUUUAAACUGAAGAUAGGAGCUGAGUGUGAGUGGCAGAGAGGCUUUGCCUCAAGUGGCUACAUUUAGGCGAAAGGUUUGACAAUUUUUGUUCUCCAUCAGCAACAAUGGUCUUCUGCACAUUAAACAUUGAGAAUUAAUCUCUCUUGUGUCUAGUUGAGCAAGCAAAUUAUUACUUUUUUAAAAUGAUUACACAAAUUUUAGCCUACUUGAAAGUCUUUUCAUUAUUUUCCAAUAUUUUUUUAAAAAUGAUUUCUUAAAUACUUUUUUUCAUAUAUAGUUUUCAGACCCAUUUUUUCAUACAUUAAUAAAAAAUUGAGUAAGUCUAAGUUAUUAAUGGAUAAAGGAAUCAGAUUUUUAUCUGAUUAUCAUUUUUUUAAACUGGCAUUCAUAGAAAUAUAUUCCAAAUAUAAGUUAUUACAUUUUUAAAUAUAAGAAUGUAAGUCAUGUAAAAGUGAAACUGAAAGUUCUUACAUUUAAAGAAAUGGCAAAUCAACGUGCUCACCAUGUAAUAUAACAGCCUGUGAUGCAAGUACUUUAUUUAACAAUAAUCAUUAGGCACUAUGCACUUUCUGUGCUCCUGAUAUACAAACAGCACAGCUUCAAAGGCACAAUCCCCUCAAUAUGAAAGCGCUGGCUAUCUGAGAAUAAAACUGAUGACCAAUAUUUUUUUACAAUGAUCUUUUCACAUCCCUAAAUAAAAUAUAUGUAUUUAUUAAUUUUAAGUUUACUUUAAAUUUUCCCCAUGAUUCAUUAAAAGGUAGAGCAGCUUUAGAAGAUGAACGAUGGAGGUGAAGCAAAAUGGGCCUGUGAAUUUUGCACCUAUCAAAAUUUCCCUGCCGCCAAAAAAUGCACAAUGUGCUUCAAAUGGCGUGCUCCCCACCUGAUCUCAGACACAAUCAAUGAAGAGCAGGACAUAUACAAAAUGGCUCCUUUAGUCUCUAUGCCUCCAACAGAACUGAAUAUUUUAUGUAGUAGUGGCAGUAGUGGAGAAAACAAUAAGUGGGCUUGUGAAAUAUGUACAUAUCUAAACUGGGCCAAGUCAACAAAAUGUGUCCAGUGCUUAAAUCCAAAACGGAAAAUGUCCCCACCUGUGUCUCAAGCUCAAGAUAAUAUUCCUGGAUUAAUUCUAAACUCUCCAGAGGGACAUCAAGCAGGUAAUACCACCCCUACCAAACUGUCACCAAACUCUAUAUCAAACAAUUUAACUAUAGAAAGGGCUUCAAACAACGGCAACAAGUCAGGCACUCAAUCACCACUUCUUUUAAACCCUUCAAAAUGGAUCUGUUUCACGUGCACCUAUGAAAACUGGCCACGCUCACAGAAGUGUGUUAUCUGUGGGACUCCAAAAGACAAAAAUGCAGUUGACAUUCAUGAAGCUGUUGGCUCAAGCAAGUCUGAAAACAUCCAGAGACGGAGUCCAUCGUCUUCUAUUGCUGGACGACGUGGCAUCCUUGAUCGAACUGAAGCACAUAACUAUCAGGCAGGGGCAUCAGCCUCUUCAUUUGCAUUAACGUCAUCAAAGCAGCCAUCAUCCCCACCAGUUGCAAGGGAGAAAAGGCUUGCAGUGCUGCGGUCUAAGCUGCGAGACUCUGACUGGUUGUGGUUGAAUGCUUGCAUGGGAGCAGUUGAGGGAGAUCUAGAAGCUAUUCAUGCCUUUGUAGCUGGAGGGGGGCAUCCAUCAAGGCAGCUGACUAUGCAGGAGGUUGAACUUCUUGAUCGACCAAGUGCCUUUCAGGUUUGCCAACUUUAGAUGUUAAUAUUACAAACAUGAUUUUUUGUUAAAACUUUUGUAAUGAGUGAAAAUUGGUGUUCAACUAAUAAUGUUAUGCCAAUAACUUAGCCUCUUUAAAAAUAAACUGCAAUUUUUAUAUAAUACUGAGUUUUUAAAUGAAGUAACAUUGAUUAAAAUAAAUAUAUUUUAUAAAGAGUCUCAUAAAAAAUUAUUUUAAAAAAUUAUUCUUGAAUAAAUGACUAGACCAAACUAUUUUCCUCAUCUUGAAGUUAACAUCUCUUAACAUUGCCUGCAUUACCAUCAGCAUUUUUUGGUUUUCUUUUGUGUUUUUUUUAAGGCGGGCUACACACUAGUGCACUUAGCAAUAAGGUUUAAAAGAGAGGACAUGCUUGCAAUAUUACUCACUGCAACUGAUGCAGCAGCUAAAGCCACAAAACGUUUACCAUGCAUGGCUUGUCCAGAUCUGGCCACUGACAUCAGGAGACAAGUGGUGUCAUCUUUAAGGCAGAGGAAAGGGGAUUUCCCAUGUUCAUUUCUGACGGAUUGUGUCACUUUCUCACUACCUGCUGGUAAAAGCUUGAGAUUUUUUUUUUAUCACCUUCAUGAUUGCUUGCUAUUCAUAGGGAAAUAAUUUUAACACAUUAAUAUCCUAAUGGCCCAAAGAGUCACAAGCAUAUCCAUCCACCUGACUUUUUUCCCUGGCAUUGUGAAACAUGAGGUUAUAAGAAAGUAAACUCAACAUCUUUGACAUGAUGUAUGGUAUGGAUUUCACCACAUAAAUUUAAAUACAGGAAUCUGUAUUAUCACAGGUAACAUUAAUUACCAAUGAAUUAUCUAUAAUUACAUAUAAAUAUAAACUGCUCUCAAAUUCAUUUGAAGCCAUUUGUGACAAAAUUACUAUUGAUCAGUGUAAAAAAACUAAAAAUGCUGUGGAUGUAAAGCUUAAAAAUUGGUAGUCGCCUAAUGACAUCGUGAAAUAAAGUGUUAAAAUGAAAAAAGAAAACAUUUACCAUCCCCCCCAAACGUUGCACAGAUGCCAGCAUAUGGAUGCAGCAACGAACACUACCAGAACCAGAAGAAGAAGAAAAAUCUUAUUUAAAACAUAGACAUACCACAUAAAAUAUAUAUUAUUAUUGUUAUCCCAACAGAUAUUGAAGACCUGGAGAGGCAUAUUCAAGAACAGCUUUUUGAUGAAAUUUUAGACAGAGAUGUUCAAAAUGGUAAGUUGUUUAAUAGCUGUAUAUAUUUCAUUAGUGUUGGUAUACUAUAUACAGACAUGAUGGAAAGAAAGCAUUUACAUUUUUAUUUACAAGCCCAAGUUGUGUUUCUGAUCAAAUAUGGUGCCACCUUUUUUGUUUACUUAUUCAGAAUUAGAGGUGGAAGAGGCCAUAAUCAACUGGAGCCUAGAGUUGACAGAUAGAUUAGGCAGUCGCUUAUAUGCCUUGUGGAAUCGAACUGCGGGAGACUGCCUCUUAGAUUCCGUCCUACAAGCCUCCUGGGGUGUAUUUGAUUUAGACAAUUCUCUGCGUCGUGCCUUGGCUGAUAGCUUAAGAGAAGGGGCCAUGAAGUUAGUAAUUUGCACUCCUUAAUAAUUAACAUCAGCUUGUAUUCAUAUGUUGGGAAACAAUAUUAUUUCUUUUUCUAUGGAAAAAUGAAGCAAUUUCUCAAGUAAAUGGACUUGUACUUUUUAAAAAUGAAAUUAUUCAGAAUUGAUUAGAAAUGUUAAAUGGCUUGUAAAUAUCAUUUUUUAAAAAAAUUUGCAUCAUUUAUUUUUUUCAGUUUUUAUCCUCGCUGGAAAGAAUAUGAAUCAAUGCAAGCAGAGUCUCUAAACUUUACAUUAGAUGAAAGUCAAUGGCAGCAUGACUGGGCUGUACUUUUAAGUUUGGCUAGUCAGCCAGGUAUAUACAUCAUAUAUGUAUAUUUUUUUUUUUUGAAAAUUAAACAAUUUCUAAAAUAUUAAUUAUUUUGAUGCUCCUUUUCCAUGGACUGAAACACAUUAACAAUUAUUUAGCCAGAAGUAGUAGUAACUCACUUAAAAUAGUCCCCAUUAAAUUAGGUAAACUAUAACAAGAGAUCAUUGUUUUAUAAUAAUUUCAGGAACAUCUCUGGAGCAGACACACAUCUUUGCUUUAGCUCACAUUUUGAGACGACCCAUUAUAGUUUAUGGUGUCAAAUAUGUGAAAAGUUUCAGAGGAGAAACAAUAGGGUUUGCCAAAUUUCAAGGUAAGCAAAACUUGAAUAUUGAUACCUGUUUUCAGAUUUCUUUUGGCUGUUGGAAAAAAAAGCAUUCUUAAAAUUUCUAGCUUUCCUUUGUAAUAAAUCUAUACAUGUAAUUUUUUUUUUUUAUUUAAAAAGAAUAAAAGAUUUGUAUAAAAGUAUUGAAUUUUUUUUCAACAACAUUUACUGAUUGCUUUGCUUUCUUGUUACCAAAUAAUCAACAAAAAAAGGGAGCAUUGCUAAAAUAAGGAAUGAAAGUGUACAUUUUGAAAAGCAAUUGUAAUUCUUUUACUGUCAACGUUCUCUAAUCGGUUUUAACACAGGUGUUUAUUUGCCCCUUCUGUGGGAGUCUUCCUUCUGCUGGAAAAAUCCUGUGACUCUUGGUUAUACAAGGGGACAUUUCUCUGCCCUGGUUCCCAUGGAGAUGGACAUGGAUGAAGGCAUGGGUGCCGGUGCCAACACUGAGUCCACUGAUGAAGAACAGGUGGCCUAUCUGCCAUUGGUUGACUGUGAGGGAAAACUUCUCCCAAUGCAUUUCAUCUCAGGGUCUGAGGUGGGUUCAGAAAUCAAUCUCUUUCUCAUUUUAAAUCUUAGUGUGGUUUUAAAACUAGGAUAUUAAGUGCACAUGUUCAUUUAGAAGAACAAAAUGGUUAGUGUAGGGAGAUCAGUAGAUACUUAUAAAUAGGUUAUUUUGAAACAUCUAUCUGAUACUGACCAUGUAAUUAUUGGGGCUACGUGUUGUAUUCUGUAAGAAAUCCUAAGGCAUUUUGGACUAGCAUACCGGUAUAUACAAAAGAGAUAAUCAUUUUUUUGGGGGGGGGGUUGAAUUAUUAACAUCACUUUUCAUUUAGUGGCAGUCUGGUAACCAGCAACACUACAACAACUGUCUGCCUAAGUUAAUGGUUCUCUUAUAUUUAAAUCUGAAGUUUAUUUUAUUCUUUGCUUUUAUUUACCAACUGCUAAUGGAUCUUACAAUUGAAGCCAACAUUUACCAUUUGAUAGAUUUUUUUCUUUUCUUAUUCAGAUUGGUAGGGAAGAAACUGUGCUAAGAGAAUGGCUGCAUUGCCAAAAAACAAAAGGGGGAUUACUGGUUGCCACUCAACGUCUUGGAAAGCGCCCUGUGGCUGUGAAACAAAUGGUUGACGAAUGGCUAGAUCACUAUAGGAGAUUACAAACCCAGCCACCGGCUCUUUCAAUCAAAAGCACAUUUUCCAGUGAUGGUGAGAGUGAUGAUGAGUGAGAUUAAAACAAAGGUGCGCACUCCCAAAACCCCUGUUAGCAUUAUAAAUAUUUAUAUUUUUUUAUUGUGAUAUUAUCUUUUUAAAAAAAAAAUCUGCAAACUAUCAUGAAUUAUUGACGUCAAGGAAAAAAUAAUGAAUCAGCAUAAAUAUUGAUUUGCCCACAAUAAUAAUUUCUGUUUCAUGAGUUUGGCACUGAGAGGGAACUCAAUAAAAUUUUGAUGUUGAUCUGAAAGUGAAAUUUUUUAAAGAGUCUCAUGUUGUACAUAUUUCACCAUAUACUUCUUUAGUUGCAAUAUUUGUUCCUUAAUCACAUUAAACAUCCAAUCCAUUUAUGUGUCUUAAUAUAAUUUGUGUGUGUAUAACUGUUGUUCAAAGAAUCUUAAAAAAAUAAUGGUCUUCAUUUUAUACAAUUUUUACAAAAUGAAAUAAUUUAAUAGGAUUCUCUGUUUUUCAUAGUGCAAUUAGAAUUUGAUUUGACAUGGGCAUUUAUUGGUGUUUCCUCAACUUGAAGAGAUAAUUGCCCCCAUGGAAUAAAAAAAAUCAGCUGCACUGCUCCGAUCUGAGAAUAGAAAUACUGUAGCCCCCUUUUCUUGUCCUAACUACUAGUACUAGGCUUAAGGUUCCUAAAGUUUUCCGAUAUACAAUGGAAACAUGUCUUCAAACAAUAUUUUUGAAUAGCUCAGACGUUGGGAAACAUCUUGUUAUUUGGGUACACAAAAUGUGAAAUUAAAUUGGAUUUCAUCUAUAAAAAGAAUUGGCGACAACGUAAAUGAAGUUUAUUUUAAAUCUAAAGUAUAAAAGCAAUGGUUUGAUAUUUUACUCAUGUGUAUGGUAAAAUUGAUAUUUACACUAAUUUGGGUUUCCUCAAACCCCUGUUUAAUAUGAAAUCACUGCCCGAUUGGCACUUAAUUAUGUCGAUCAACCAACUUUAGCGAGCGUUGUCUUAGCUUAGCUAUACUUCUGCCUGCUCAGUUAACUUGCUUUUUGUCAAGAAACAUAGAUUCCCAAAGGAAAUAAUAAAUUAAACUUUUUUGUUAACUUCCUGUAUUUAUUUUUAAUUAAUAUGUUUUUUAGACCUAUGAGGCAGUUUCAGAAGAUAAAUACUUUUACACACACUGCCCCCGUUUUAAAUUUAGUUCAUAAUUGGAUGUGUGUCGUUUUUUUUAGUAAUGGUCAAAUAUAAAGAAAAUACAUUUAGUAGUUUGUGUUGCUUAAAGGCUUAAUUUUUCAAAUCUUUUUUUUUUUUUAAAUUGUUGUGGUGAUUAGUUUUAGUUAAUUUCCAAUGUAUACAUCUGGAGAGUCCCAUGGCUCAGAAUAAACAAAAAAAUUGAAUUUAAAACUGGGACAAAUAUUAAGUUAGGAUAGAGUGUUAGUAAAAUUUAACGACUGGGAAAAGCUAAAAGUAUAAACAUUUUAAUAAUUUCUGCUGCUUAAAAUUUUAAUUAAGAAAUUUGAACUUUCUGAGCCUUUUAAGCAAACAAAUAUCUUUUUUUCAAUGACUAACUUAUGGUAUUGGUAUGUUUAGCUUGUAUGAAACGAUAAUUAAUAGUAUAGUCCUUGUUCUUGCUAUAUGCCACAAAUACUUUUCUCUGGGAUACUCUGAACCCUCUGCAGCCCAUAAUGAGAGUCAUUUCCAUUAAUUUGUUUUAAAUCAUAAAUGUUUACUAUAAAUAUAUAUAUUAAAGAGCAUUUAAAGAUUUUUGUGUGCAAUGUACAUAAUGUAUUAUAAUCAGAUAAAUUUAGAUUGAAAUUGUUGCAUGUUUUUGCUGCAAAACAUAUCAAAUAUAUUUAAUGACAGUUGGAUUUCAGGGAUAGUAAUACGACAGCAAAAUUGUUGUCCACUGAGUUUUUUCAAAUUUCGUUUCAAAAUAUUUCAACACCUAAACCAUAAGCC